AUCCGUAGGUAUAGCAUUUCCGCCCAAACCCUCCUCCACUCCCCGUAUUCUCCUCCCCCUGGCGCCGCCAAUCUCGAACCCUAAAACACUCCAACCACCGGAGAGAGCAGCCAUGGCGCAGUACGAUCUGACGGCGCUCAUGGCGGCACAGAUCGACUGUCAUCUGGUGUUCCCAAUGCUGGAGUUCCUCCAGGAGCGCCAGCUCUACGCCGACGAGGAGAUCCUGCAGGGCAAGAUCUGCCUCCUCAGUGGCACCAACAUGGUCGACUACGCCAUGGACAUCCACAAAUCGCUCCACGGCACCGAUGACGUACCCGCCGACAUGGUCGCCCGCCGCUCCGAGGUCGUCUCGAGGCUUAGGACCCUCGACGAGGCCGCCGCGCCGAUCGUCGCGUUCCUCUCCAACCAGCAGCUCGUGCAGGAGCUUAGGCUCGACAAGCAGUACAACAUCCACAUGCUCCAGGAGCGCUACCAGAUUGGACCAGAUCAGAUUGAAGCUCUGUAUCAGUAUGCUAAGUUUCAGUUUGAGUGUGGUAACUACUCUGGUGCUGCUGAUUUCUUGUACCAGUAUCAUGCUUUAUGCACAAAUAGUGAGAGAAGCUUGAGCGCCCUGUGGGGAAAGCUGGCAGCAGAGAUAUUGAUGCAGAACUGGGAUGUUGCGCAGGAGGAGCUUAAUAGGUUGAAGGAGAUCAUUGAUUCAAAGAACUUCUCAUCACCUAUAAAUCAACUCCACAGUAGGAUAUGGCUGAUGCAUUGGAGUCUCUUUAUCUUCUUUAACCAUGAAAAUGGAAAGAAUGGAAUCAUUGAUCUAUUCUUCCAGGACAGGUACUUGAAUGCUAUUCAGACAAACGCACCCCAUCUUCUGAGAUACCUUGCUGCUGCAGUUGUUGUGAACAAAAGGAGAAGAAACAUGCUUAAAGAAUUGAUUAAAGUCAUUCAGCAGGAGCAGCAGACCUAUAAAGAUCCCAUAACUGAAUUCCUAGAAUGCUUGCACGUGAACUAUGAUUUUGCUGGUGCACAACAGAAGCUCAUUGACUGUGAGCAGGUUAUAUUGAAUGAUCCUUUCCUGGGAAAGCGCAUUGAAGAAGGGAAUUUCAUCACUGUUCCUUUGAGAGAUGAGUUCCUCGAAAAUGCUCGCCUAUUGAUUUUCGAGACUUACUGCCGUAUACAUCGGUGCAUCGAUAUUGGCAUGCUUGCGGAGAAGAUGAACAUGACCUACGAUGAAGCAGAAUUGUGGAUAAUGAACUUGGUCAAGAGUUCGAAACUAGAUGCCAAGAUUGAUUCAGUGACAGGAACUCUCAUCAUGACGACCAAUCAUGUUAAUGUCCAUCAGCAGAUCAUUGAGAGCAUGAAGAACCUUAAUGCGAGGACAUGCAUGCUAGCAAAGAGCCUUGUGGAUCCAGGGCAUGCAGCAGCACAGCAGGCUGCCCGGUGAGACUAACAGAGAAUCUGCAGUUUUGAGGGGGCGAGAAUUACUUUGGGAGCUUAGUACUUGAAUCACACAGAUGGUGAUUUGCAGCUUGUUACAACUUACGCUGAUGCUUUUAAUGUUUUGUAUUCAGAAUUCUGCUACUAGAGUUGUUCAGUAUUUAGUACCGCAAGUCUGCAAGUGCGGGUACCUCAUUGUCAAGAUACUUCUUGUGCAUGUUGCCAUGUGUCGAAGUGUGAGACUUUAAAUGAAGACACUAAUGUUUCUGCGAA